ACUGGAUAAAGUGGGCCGGACAUGUCCUCUUACCAUUGGGAGGCUCAGAGAAAGCAGAAGGUGUUGGAUAAGCGGUGUUUGACGGUGGAAAGCAGCUGUGGGGGCUCCGAGGUGGCGUCCGCCCGGGAGGGGGGCUCCGCUCAGUCCAGCCAGGCGUCUUCAUCAUGCAGUAGUGGCGGUUCCUCUGUCAUGACCGGGAGCGCAAUGUCAACCCCACCCCCCUCUCCCACACCACCGGAAACCAAGAAUGACGCACUUCCUCUCGACAAGGAGCUGCAAAGGAGGCUGGGAAUGUUGGUGAGGAGAGAAAUCAAGCAGCCAAUGAGCAAGAUGGAGAGGAGGAACUUGUUGAAAGAAGCUGACGGCUUCCAUCGCGCCAUGUCCCGACGAUCUGCCAAGUUGCCCGGCCGGUAUACUUCACUGGACUACGCCCAACAGUGGUGAUCAGUCGGAGAGAACUGCGUCGCCGUUAUUUUUUUUUUCGCUAAAUUUUUCGCUAAAUAUAUUUCUUUAAAGAAAUAUAUUUGUCAAUUAUCACGUAACGUACGGUCUCGAAGCUUUUUUGUCGUUGUUGUUGUUGUUCC